CUCCAGGACUCCUCUCCUCACUCGCUGGUCCGCCCCCCGGAGUAUCGCGCCAGGGCGAGACAAAAGUAGCGAAGUUAGGUGUGAGUGAAGAGUGACCUCAGUGACAUAAAGAGUAUUACGUGUGACUACACGGAAGUUAGUAGUUAUCUUUAGGAUUAUAACGAAAAUAUGUGAAAUAUGCGUUAGGCUACAGAAAAACAUAGCCUCGUACUGUAAAAAAAAAAUACUUUGUGGAAUUUCUAUUAAAUCUUUCAGCAGUGCCAAAUAAAAAACUUCUAAAUUUAAACACCAAACUAAGUGAAAAAAAAAACCCAAACAGCAGUGCCAAAAAUAACAAGUGUCAAAAAAAAUCAAACAGAAAUAUUAAAAUUACAACCAGGGCCCCAAAAAGUAUUCACACAGUGCUAACAAUAACAGAAAAAUAAAAACAAGUGAAUAAAAACAGCAACAAGAGCCAAGUAUCACUGGACCAGAAGAGAGACAGAGAGAGACAGAGAACCCGACAAUAUGUACAGGAUACACUGGCUUCUACUCCUGCUGGUGUCCAUGAUGGCGGCUCUCCUGCAGCAGUCACAGGCCGGAGUCACAUUGGCGGCCAGAAGAGAGAGGCUGAGGUGUCCCUGGAUCGACCUGGAAAACGGUCGAGUGAGGAUUAGGUCGAGAGGUCGAAUUGCCAAGUUCAAGUGUAAGAAAGGCUUUACCAGGUUCGAGGGUGACCGCUUCGCUACUUGUGUCAGGAACAACUGGAACGGCAAGAUUCCCAAGUGUAUAAGAUACGGGUGUGUAGAGGUGUCGGCGCCCCAGUACGGUAAGAGGAAUUACCUGUUUAAGAAAGCCCUGACCACCUUUACCUGUGACCCGGGUUACCUAUUGCAGGGGUCAUCAGCCAUCUCCUGCAACGCCAUCAACUGGAAUGAUACGGCGCCUGUCUGUGUUGCUCCAGCCUCGCCCAAGCUAUCAUGUGACUUCGAGACUGAGGACCUGUGUGGGUGGAGCAACACGGUGGGCGGCGUGGAGGACUGGGAGAGGAAGAGAGGGCCGAGUACUUCCUUCAUGGCCGGGACGGGACCCAGCGCCGACCACACCCUCGGUACUAACGAAGGUCACUACAUGUACGUGGACUCAGCCAUACCCAAGAACGAGGGUCACAGGUCACUGCUUUUCUCCCCUAUCUACUUCCCGUCUCCUAGCAACACCGUCACCUGCUUCUCAUUCUACUUCCACAUGUACGGCUCUGAAUCAGGAAAUCUAAACGGCUACCAGAAGAACGAAGGCGACCCACUCAUGUUCAUUCCCCCGAUCCUACAAAUGAGUUCCUCUAGUGACGAAGGAUGGAAUCACCACAAGUUUAACCUCCCCAACAGUGACCAGAAAUACCAGGUCGUGCUGGAGGUGGUGCAGUAUGAGACAAACAGCGACAUAGCCAUAGAUGAUGUGAAACUCAGCUAUGGAGACGACUGUAACGACCCUACCACCACUACCAUCACCACUACCACCACUACUACUACCACUACUACCACUAUUGCCCCGAAUCAUAACCAUUGACACGACAGAAUCACCCAUCAUCACCACUACUGGCACCACUACCACCUAUAUCACCACUCCUGACACAACUACCACCAUUCCUGAUACCCCUACCACCCCAAGACACCACAGUAUCACCCAUCACCACCAUACAACCUCUACACAUGGUCAGUAGCACUACCACUAUCACCACAACACAGCCUACUACCACCAUCGCAACCAACAUUCCAACCAACCACACUACCACCCCAACCUUCGUCACUACCACUAUCAAGACGCCCAACACUACCACCACCCUGGGCACUGGUAGCAAAGGCGCCACACCUGCUGCUCCCACACACCUGCCCACACCUGAGGAAGACAACGAGUAUAACACCACACAUACAGAUAAUGAGGGCGAAGUAGACCUACAAAGCUGUCUUGACCGGUGUGGGGAGAUCGCCAUGGAUGAAGACGCAUGCGGCUGUGACAUAGAGUGCGGCAAUAGGUCCUCGUGUUGCCCUGACGUGGUUGACUACUGUACUAACUAUUUCUCAACGCCAUCACCUGUCAACACCUUACACCCAACUGUCCUCUCUUCUACCCAGUCAAUACUCCCUGUCACUCCUCCGUCCACCAUAAACUACACAGAGAUGACGGAGAAUAAGACGAAUUGGUGAUGGUAAGGUCUCUUCAACGACGUCUAUGCUUCUGUCCAACCUGU